GCUGAGGAGCAAAACGUAAUUUAACCUUAACAAAACCCUAGCUGCAGUUUGAUCCCUCUACAUCCUCCUCCUUCCAUCUCUCUGCAAAUCUUCAUCUGGCAACUGGGUUUGACAAAAAAUCUAAUCUAACCAACGCAUCUCAUUCCUCCUCUUCAAUUACCUCCUUUGACGUCACAGAUCACUCCUUCUCCUCUUUGAUUUGAACAGUGUCAUCGACGUCAAUAACAGCGAAUUUGAUGAUCUAUUCAUCGCCUUAUCGUCGGAGCUAACCGAUUUGGAACCGAUUUGGAACCGAUUUGAACCGAAAAGUCGGCGAGCGACUCAGUCGGUAUCGGAUUCGGUUGUAGAAUUGGGCAUUACCGAAGCCCUCGAUUCUGCAGUCGGUUCGUUGAUUGUCAAUGUGUUUAGGAUGCCUGUGAUAGAUGUUGUGGAUUUAUCUAGUGACGAUGAAGUUGGGGAGAGAGAGGAGGUGGAUGUGAAACCUGUUAAGUUGGAGCCAGGUCUCAUUGGAAUACAAUUGCAGCGGAAAGACAAGCCUAAAGCUCGAAUAGCGAAGCAUAAAAUAUCGAAAAACCCGCAUGGGAUUCGGGAAUCUGAAGAAAAUAGGAGCUCAAAUGCUUUAAGUCCCUGUCAUAGUAGCUCUAGUAUAUUAGACCAGAGGCAGUCUCCGGUGGAUGAUACCGGCGUCUCUUCUACAUCAACUUUCAGUCCGGCACCGCUUUGCCGGCAGUUUUGGAAAGCUGGGAGCUAUAAUGACGCUGUUGGUUCUAAAGUCGCAUUUCAAAAUGGCAAAAACUAUCUACAUGUCCAUCCUAUGUUCCUUCAUUCAAAUGCCACUUCGCAUAAAUGGGCGUUUGGCGCCAUUGCAGAACUACUUGACAAUGUAGUUGAUGAGAUACAAAAUGGGGCCACUUUUGUCAUUGUAGAUAAAAUCUUGAAUCCAAGGGAUGGAAGUCCGGCAUUGUUAAUUCAAGAUGAUGGUAGUGGGAUGGACCCUGAAGCCAUGCGGCGUUGUAUGAGUUUUGGGUUUUCAGAUAAGAAGUCAAAAUCAGCCAUUGGACAAUAUGGAAAUGGUUUCAAGACUAGUACUAUGAGACUUGGCGCGGAUGUUAUUGUUUUCAGUCGCCACCAGGAUACAAGGACAUUGACUCAAAGCAUUGGUCUCCUCUCUUACACAUUCUUGGCGCGAACAGGCCAUGACAGAAUAGUAGUACCGAUGGUGGAUUAUGAAUUCAACACAUUAACUAAUAAAUUAGAAGUUAUGCAUGGGAGGGAACAUUUUAUGUCUAAUCUUUCCAUGCUGCUACAAUGGUCCCCAUAUUCAACUGAGGCUGAUCUUCUAAAGCAGUUUAAUGACAUUGGAGCUCGUGGUACAAAAGUUAUUGUCUAUAAUUUGUGGUUCAGUGAUGAUGGGAAUCUGGAGCUAGACUUUGAUACAGAUCCUGAGGACAUUCGCAUUAGUGGGGAUACCAAAAAAGUUGACACUAAAUUUAAGACAGUAAAUGAAGAGCACAUUGCAAACCGUUUCCGUUUUUCUCUCCGUGUAUACUUGUCCAUCUUGUACUUGCGGAUACCACAAACCUUUCACAUAGUACUUCGCGGACGAGUUGUUGAGCAUCAUAACAUUGCAAAUGAUCUAAAGUUUCCAGAAUUUAUCUUGUAUAAACCUCAAAGUGGAGGUUCUGUGGAGGGUCAAGUUAUUACGACUAUUGGAUUUCUUAAAGAAGCUCCACAUGUCAGUUUCCAUGGUUUCAAUGUGUAUCACAAAAAUCGUCUAAUACUGCCCUAUUGGCAGGUUGUGAGCUAUUCAGACAGUAGGGGUCGGGGGGUGGUUGGUGUUCUGGAAGCAAAUUUUGUUGAGCCAAGUCACAACAAGCAAGAUUUUGAGAAAACUAAUCUUUUUCAGAAACUUGAAGUUCGCUUAAAGGAGAUGACGUGGGAAUACUGGGAUUAUCAUUGUGGGUUAAUUGGGUAUCAGGUAAAGAAGAAACUUGUGUCACAGGUUUCAUCUGGUCCUAAGAUUACCCAACAGGUUUCAUCUAAUCGUGCGCCACCUAGUGGUGUACAACAUGUCAGAUUGGGUCAAAGUUUCCCUGCUGUUGGUAGUAAAAAGACGGCACUUGGAAGAUCUGAACAGUCGAUACCCAACUCCCAAACCAGAUCUGAACAAGUGGGAGGGAUGAAGAGGAAGGAACAUGGUGAUAUUCUACCGGUCAAAAAUGUUAAAGUGGCCAAGGUGGUUAACGAGAAGAGUCGGAAUGUACAGCUGGUGAGUCCUACUGGAGACCAGCGGAAAGAUCAAGAAGCUGUAAAUUUGAUGCAAGAGAACAAAAAGCUUCGAGCUGACUGCUUGGAAUAUGAGAAGAGGAAUGAAGAACUUAAUCUCAAGGCGACGCAGCUCAGAAGUGCAAUAAAAGAGCUUGAUGAAGAAUACUCUCGGAUGAUGGCUGAAUUAGAAGCUUUGGAGGCUGUCAAGGAAGAAAAGGGAAUAUAAAUGUAAAUAGUGUGUUGUAUCAGCAAUUCUUUCAUUUGUUAAACCUUGUUGUACCAUGUAUGCAUAGGUCGGUGUAGCCUUCAGUUUUCAACCCUUAGGAUGAUUCGUUGCAGGUGAAACCUAGGGUCCGUAAUUUUUUCGUUUUGUUUUCUAAUUGUACCACCGCUCCCUUUGCGCUUUCCAAUGGAAGUUUGUAUCGAGUUUUACUGAUGAAUUAGAGCCUGCUAAUUUCACAUCUAGAAAGCAAGUAGCUUUUCUGUGAACAA